AUGGCGGAAGCCAAGCUGGAAGGCGUACGCAGAAACGAUACGCUGAAUGGUGUAUGGGAAGAACGAAUAUCCCUCCCGUUUGGAGAUGUGACCUGUAAAUGGUGGGGUCCACGUGAACAACGACCGAUCGUUUGCCUACACGGAUGGUUGGAUAAUGCCGGAUCGUUCGAUCGAUUGCUGCCACUGCUACCUCGACAUAUCAGUUUCCUGGCCAUUGAUAUUCCCGGCCACGGCCGUUCGACACACCUUCCGGCAGGUGUCGCAUACUACGCCCUGGACACACUACGGCUGCUCCUCUACGUGAUGCAGUAUUACGGAUGGCAACGAAUUUCGCUCAUGAGUCACUCGAUCGGUGCGAUCAUGAGUUACGUCUUUGCCGGGGUAUUUCCUGAUCGUGUCGAUUUACUGAUUUCAUUCGACCUUCUGAAACCCUUCAUUCUCGAUCCGGAUAUGCUGUUGUUUCUGUUGGCCGAUUCGCUGCCCAAAACGCUCGAUUACAACACCGAUACCAAGGAAACUCGCGACGGGAAACUGUACGAGUACGAUCAGUUGGUGGAGCACAUGCACGUAGGCUUCCACGAGUCAAUCAGUAAAGACGCGUGCCACUUUCUACUAUACCGUGCGGUCGAACCGGCACCCGAACGAGCCGGGUACGUUCGACGACGGACAGAUCCCCGCGUUCGGCACAAUCAUGGGCUAGUGUGGUCGCACGAUUUAAAUCUGGAAAUCGCUCGCCGAAUUAAGGCACCGUUUCUGUACCUCAAAACUACCGAAACGCCCCUGUUUGAGGACCCGCAGUAUCAUCAGGAAACGCUCGACGUGCUGGCGGCUCACAACAAAGAUUUCGUUCAGGCAAGCGUGGAAGGGAAGCAUCAUGUUCACUUGUCCGAUCCGGACCAUGUGGCUCCGCUGGUCAGCGAGUUUUUAACCAAAUACUGGACUAAAGAAGAUUAUUUUCAUAGCAAACUGUGA